CACUCACCAGGUAGUGGAUGCUCAAGUGCUGACACAUCAGACAGACAGACGACAGACAGGCAGACAGAAAGACAGGCAGGCAGGCAGGCAGGCAGGCUGACAGAGACAUGGCAACGAUGGCGAGAAGGAGAGGAGCUUGCCUGGAACUCCUCUCCCGGGUUGAAGUACGGGGGGCCGAUUUGUCGAGGCCCGAGCAGCUGUAGUCUGUCAGCUUGGACACAAAGACGAGAACAGCUGCACAAAGAGACAGCAGCGACACAGCCCCUAAUUCCCCCUCCCCCACCCACUUCAUUGCAUUGCAUGCAUGUCCUUCUCCCUACCUGUAGGGCCCUGCUCGUGUCGUCCAUCUCGUGGUUCUGCUUAGUGUCCCACUCCCCCAUCACACCUGGGCGAUGUAGAACCUCCCGUCGUGCUCGUCAUAACACAGGCAGUAGGUCUUGGGGUGCGUCGUCCUGGUCGACGCCAGCACACAGAUCCUGCCCUUGGCGAGUCCGUCGGCGAUUUGUGAGGCCAGGAGCUUGCGGAAGGUGACUUUGAGGAAGGUGCUGGUGCUGGCCGAUGGUGAUGGUCUGAAUGCGGUUGUACCCACCGGCCACCUGAAACAAGUAUGAGAGACAAAGCACGGAGGCCCCAUGUGUUCGUACGCCAACCUACCGGUGAGCUUAAUGCCGUGGGGGAAAGCUGAAGGCGUUGCGUCGCGUUGCUCUUCCGGGCUCAAACCCGGAAGAGCCCGGAAGAGAGGUCCGUAAGGAGAGUGGUAUCGCGUUCUCUGGGGCGAUCACUGAUUGAGCGAGUCGCGAAGCGGCAAAGGCCGUGAUGGACACUGACGGCCAGCAGCAGCAGCAGGCCACGGCAUGCCACACCGCACACAGCAUAGAUCUGGAGGCCUUCGCACAGCGCUGCGGCCAAAUCGUAAUACUUGAUGCACCAGACAAACCACUGGCACGCACACAUCCUCAUUGUUUCCUCUCUCUGCGUGGUGUGGCGGUAUGACAUCAGCUGGAGGGGAGGUGAGGAAGAUGCGCUGACUCUCAAACCACUCGACACCUGACGAAGGACGACAGGUGCGUGCGGUUUGGCUACCAGUGCCGAUGGUGUGUGUUGGGCUGUAUGUUUGCCUGUCAGGUCGGGCCAUCAAUUGAUGCGUAGAAUGAGUUGCAGAGGGGACGAUGUGGGGGUACCACGACGGCGGGAUGCUCUCAUGUGUGGGCGCUGUGGGGUGGACUAAGUAAGCUGCAUCGCUCGUGGAUAAAUGCCUGUGCUGGACUUGUACAGACACACAUGAGGACCGAACGUUGAGCUCCCUACGUAUCAGCCCCCCAACAUAUGCAGCGACACGUGCGUCCAGACCAACCACACACCACUCAUACCGUCUUUCUGGCUGUCUCACAAUCUGUCUAUCGGACAAGGUCUUCCCCGCUCUCAAUCAUGGGCUGCCCCAUCCCCUCCAGUCGCUUCUUCUCCCUCUCCCUCGCCUCAGCCAGCAGCUCCUUAUCGAGCCCCAUGGUGCGGUAAUACUCGUGCAUGGUCAUCUUCUUGGCCAUCGCCACCCACGACCGCAUGCUUGAGCCACUCGCCCACAUUAUACUUGGCCACCUUGCCGGCGCGGGACAGCUGGUACUGCCAGUCGGGCUGCAUCAACACGGCCUCAUCGGGACCUGGACGCACUCUAACACACACAGAUGGAGAGAGAGAGACCAACAUUCCUUGGUAAGCUCCGACUGUGUGUCUGUUGUCCUAGUCCGUGUGUGUGUGUACCUCAUGGCAUAGACGAAGCCAAGAUUGAAGAUGGGCACGACUUGAAGAGGGGUGAUUGACAUCCCCCCGGCACCAGACACUUGAAGGCAGCCACACGGUUCGCCAGGCUGUCGGGCCGCCUGAUCUGGUAGGUAAUGUCCGCAUAGAGAGGAACCGAUUCAUCCGCAGGAGGCACCGGGCGCCCCAUGCAGUGAGCACAACGCCAGUGCCGAUGUAGAUGGAGGGCGCCACAUACUCGUGCUGGAUGGCCCGUAGCAGGCCCUGGAUGUUGCGCCGGAUGACGUGCCUGUCAGUGGUCUCCCCAGGCCGCUGCGGCGGCUCCACCAGCAUCGAUGCGUCGCUCUCCAUCGCCCAGAAAUUCGGGACUCAGCAAAGCUACGAGCGAGGCACGCUCUUGCCCAAAGUUCGUGUUCUGUCCGUAAUUGGGGCCGAGCGAGACUUUGUCUGACAGACCCACGAAACCAAUCGAGGUGAG